CGAAAAACACUAUUGGUAUCGGAGAGACUAGAGAGACUAGUUUUUGAGGAAAAAACUGAAAAGUUUGUAACCCUAAUUGUCCAAAUUCCAAUCCCUAAAAUUUGCUGCGAUUACAAAAGAAAUUUCAUCUCUCUCUACAUAAUUACAUACAGAUUACAGAUUACAGAUUACAGAUUACAGAUCUCAUUCUAGUUUAUCUUCUCCAGCUCAAAAGUUCGAUAUCCAGCAUCAAUUUCAAGUUAAUUUCCGAGGAAAGAAAUUGAAGGAACUUUCCGACGAUUCCAUAGUUUUGAAGUGGAUUUUGUUGCGUUAAUCGAGCUAUGGCGGCUCUAAAAGAACUACUUCCGCCGGCGAAAUCUUCAACAACAACGUAUUAUGAUCAUACUAGUGAUCCCUGGUUCAAGAGCCGGUUUAGUGCUCAAGAGGAUGAGAAGGGUUUGGUAAUUAAGGCAGUGAAUAUACCUCCUUAUCUUAAACGACAAGGGUUUGUUCCUCGAAAACCUGAGGAUUUUGGAGAUGGCGGGGCGUUCCCUGAGAUUCUUGUGGCUCAAUAUCCUUUGGGAAUGGGUAGGAAAGAUUCGAAACCAGGGUCGAAAAUAUUGCCUGUUUCUGUGGAUAGUCAGGGGAAUGUGGCUUUUGAUGCCAUAGUGAAGCAGAAUGAAAAUGCGUCGAAGAUUGUUUAUUCUCAACAUAGGGACCUUGUGCCUAAAAUUUUGAAGGAUGAGGAGGAGGAGAUGGAGGAGGAAUCUGAGGAGCUGCAAAAGGAGAUUGAAGAGACCACUGAAGCUACGAAAGCUGCGAUGGAGAAGAUUGUUAAUGUGAGGUUGAGUGCUGCUCAGCCAAAGAAUGUGCCGAAACAGUCUUCUGAUUCUAAGUUCAUCAAGUAUAAGCCUUCGCAGCAAGCUGCGGCCUUUAAUUCUGGUGCAAAGGAAAGGAUUAUUAGAAUGGUAGAGAUGCCGGUGGACCCUCUUGAACCUCCUAAGUUUAAGCAUAAGAGGGUUCCCAGGGCUUCGGGCUCUCCACCUGUGCCUAUCAUGCAUUCGCCACCUCGUCCUGUAACUGUGAAAGAUCAGCAGGAUUGGAAGAUUCCACCUUGUAUUUCGAACUGGAAGAAUCCGAAGGGUUACACCAUUCCAUUAGACAAGCGGCUUGCAGCUGAUGGAAGGGGCCUUCAGGAUGUUCAGAUUAAUGACAAUUUUGCGAAGCUGUCUGAGGCUCUGUAUGUUGCGGAGCAGAAGGCUAGAGAAGCUGUGGCAAUGAGAUCGAAGGUCCAAAAGGAGAUGGCUAUGAAGGAAAAAGAAAAGAAGGAGCAGGAGUUGCGUGCUUUGGCUGCUAAGGCACGGUCUGAGAGGACUGGUAUUGCAGCUCCUGUUGCUGCACCUGCUCCAUCUGCUAGAAAUAUGGACAUUGAUGAACCGAGAGCCGAGUAUGCGGGAAGAGGAGAUAGAGAUAUGGUGAGGGAGUCAAAAGAGGAAAGGGAAGAGAGGUUGUCGCGUGAGAAAGUUCGUGAGGAACGACGACGAGAGAGGGAGAGGGAGAGAAGAUUGGAGGCAAAGGAUGCUGCAAUGGGGAAGAAGAGUAAGAUUACUAGAGAUAGGGAUCGUGACAUUAGUGAGAAGGUUGCUCUUGGUAUGGCUUCUGUUGGGUCUGGAAGAGGUGAAGUCAUGUAUGAUCAGCGAUUAUUCAACCAAGAAAAAGGGUUGGAAUCUGGGUUUGCUACUGAUGAUCAGUACAAUGUAUAUGACAAAGGCUUGUUCACUGCCCAAGCUACACUUUCUACUCUAUACCAGCCCAAGAAAGAUAUGGAUUCUGAAAUGUAUGGAGGAGCUGAUGAACAGCUUGAUAAGAUCAGAAACACGGAAAGGUUCAAAGCUGACAAAGGAUUCACGGGAACUGCAGAGAAGAGUGGUCCAAGAGAUAGACCUGUUGAGUUUGAGCAAGUUGCUGAAGAGGCUGAUCCAUUCGGUUUGGAUCAAUGGUUGACUGAAGUGAAGAAGGGUAAGAAAGCCAUGGACAAAAUAGGUGGCGAAGGUACAAUGAAAGCAAGUGCCGGGUCUUCACGAGAAGGCUAUGAUGGUGGCUCUGGAAGGAGCAGGAUUGCGUUCGACAAAGGGCGUUAAGUUCUCGUUUACUGUACUGUUAUGACCAUUUUGUUAGCUGUUUCAUGUUUUUGCACUAUAGGUAAUUUGUUUUGAUCGACUGUAUCAUAUGUAACUUGCUGGGAAAAGCCUUGUCUUUUUUUAUAUGUCCUAAUUGGUAACUGUUUAAAUAUGGUUAUCUGGGAUAUUGAUGUAGUAGUUGAUAGCCUGGUUUUUAUUACCUCCCCCUUGGGCUCGCCUUCGUUUUGGAGUUUCCCGA